CCCUUUUCACCACCAACCAUGAAACUAAUAUAUCUCACAUUCCUCUCUUCCCUUCAAACAACCUCCUCUUCAAACCCUAAUUUGAUCACCAAAUCCCUCGCAAGAUCCAACCUUUUUCACCAAAUUCAUCGCCAUUGCUCAUCCUCUACCCGAUUCUUCUCUUCUCCUUCCUCUCCCGACAACGCCAUGGAUGGAGCUUCGCCCCCAAUCCAUGUCGUCUCCACCGUCGCCUCGCCGUUCGACGAGAACCCGGCGUCUGCCAUUGAUGCGGGAUCCUCGCUCCGCAAGCCGCUCAGCUUGUGGCCCGGGAUGUACCAUUCGCCGGUGACCAAUGCGCUCUGGGAGGCCCGAUCCAGCAUCUUCGAACGGUUGCUUGAUGAAUCGCGCAAUGGGCCUCCGCAGUCCCAGUUGCUUACCAAGACUCCGUCGCAGAGCAGGACCAGCAUCGUCUAUGGUUUUUCUAGUGAUUAUAUUCUCAGAGAACAGUACCGGGAUCCGUGGAACGAGGUGAGGAUUGGGAAGUUGCUUGAGGAUCUGGAUGCCCUUGCUGGAACCAUUUCUGUGAAGCACUGCUCUGAUGAUGAUAGCACAACAAGGCCUCUAUUGCUAGUCACUGCUUCUGUAGAUAAGAUGGUUCUUAAGAGGCCGAUUCAGGUGGACACAGACGUUAAGAUAUCUGGCGCUGUUACAUGGGUGGGGCGUUCAUCCAUUGAGAUACGGAUGGAAGUGACUCAGCCACAAGAGGAUGGACUAGUAGAUCCUGUUGUCUUGACCGCAAAUUUCACAUUUGUGGCCCGUGACUCAAAAACUGCAAAAUCUGCUCCUGUUAACCGCCUUUUGCCAGAGACUGAGCAAGAAAAGUUGCUUUAUCAGGAAGGGGAAGCACGAGACAAAUUGAGGAAAGAAAGGAGGGAAGAACAGAAAAAAGCAUUUGAAAGAGGAUGGCAUAGUCUUCAUGGGGAGGUCGACAGGUUGAAAAGUUUGCUAGCUGAAGGCCGAGUGUUCUGUGAUUUACCUGCUUUAGCAGAUAGAGAUAGCAUUCUGAUGAGAGAUACAAGCCUAGAAAAUUCUCUUAUUUGCCAACCACAACAAAGGAACCUGCACGGAAGAAUUUUUGGAGGUUUUCUUAUGCACUUAGCAUUUGAAUUAGCCUUUUCAACUGCAUAUGCUUUUGUCGGACAGAAGCCUUGCUUUCUUGAAGUUGAUCAUGUCGAUUUCUUAAAACCAGUUGAUGUUGGAGAUUUCCUCCGCCUUAAAUCAUGUGUUUUGUACACACAAUUAGAGGACCCUGCACAACCUCUGAUCAAUAUUGAAGUGGUAGCUCAUGUUACUCGACCUGAGCUCCGAACGAGUGAGGUGUCCAACACAUUCUACUUCACAUUUACUGUUAAUUCCGAUGCUCUAAAGAAUGGACUUCGGAUUCGCAAUGUGGUUCCUGCCACGGAAGAGGAGGCACGUCGGGUACUGGAGCGCAUGGAAGCGGAGAAAAUUUUUGCGUAGAUCAUAAGCUUGUAGUUGUAUACGAUCAAAAGAAGCACAUUACAAGUAAAGUGAUUUUAUCUAGAGGUGAAUUGUCGCAAAAAGUUUAAUACAAUACAAUGUUCCAACAAAUAACUUGAUUAUCAGCUAUUGUACAAGAAUAAGAAACUGUUGCAUCAAAAGCAGAUUAAAAAUAAAAAAUAAAAAAGUAUAUUUAGCUUCAUGUA